AUGCUCGAUGGGUCGAGCCCCCAGGCAGGCAAAAUCUGGAAGAAGGCCAACCUAACCUUCUCCUUUGAUGGCAAAAAAAUGACCGAGACCUUCCUCAUCUGCAAUACAGGGUCUCACGCCGCCAUCCUAGGAUUGAAGUGGUUAGACGCCCACAACCCAGAGAUUGAUUGGAAUUUGCGCACCCUCUCCUUUCCUCACACACCACCAGAACACGUGGCCAUUGCCAAAGAGGAGGAAGCCGAUCAAACACCCCUUGAAGGAGUAUUCGGGGAGGAAGAAUUCAACAAGCUUCCCCCACACCGGCAUUACGACAUCGGGAUUGAACUCACAGAGGAAGGCCCCCUCAAUUUGCCUCUCUAUAGUAUGACCAAUGCCGAGUCCGCUACGCUCAAGGACUGGCUCAGGGACGAACUCAAGGCGGGCAAAAUACGUCCUAGCAAGUCUUCCAUCAGUUCCCCUGUGAUGUUUGUUCCUAAAAAGGACGGCUCCCGUCGCUUGGUUGUUGACUACCGCCGCCUGAAUAACCGGACCAAAAAGAAUGUUUACCCGUUACCCCGUCCUGACGACCUCAUGGCCCAGCUCCGUGGCGCCAAGGUCUUCACCAAACUAGAUCUGAGAUGGGGUUACAAUAACGUCCGGGUUAAGGAAGGUGACGAAUGGAAAACCGCGUUCCGUACCAAGUAUGGCCUGUACGAAUCCCUUGUCAUGACCUUUGGCCUAACCAAUGCCCCGGCAUCAUUCCAACAUUUUAUGAAUGAUUUGUUUAAGGACCUGCUUGAUGUAUGCGUUAUCAUAUACCUUGAUGACAUCCUGAUCUACUCCAAGGAUGACGCCACACACACCCAGCACGUUCACAAAGUCCUACGCCGGUUGGUGGAAAACCAAUUGUUCUGUAAAGCGUCCAAAUGCACCUUCCACGUCACCUCUGUGGAAUACCUGGGAAUUAUUGUUUCGGACAAAGGUUUCAGCCUGGACAAGCUCAAGAUCCAGGCUGUACAGGAAUGGCCUACGCCCACUAAGGUUAAAGAAGUUCAGUCAUUCCUGGGCUUUGCCAACUUCUUACGCCGCUUCGUCGCCAACUUUAGUCACAUGGCUAGGCCGCUACACAACUUGGUCAAAAAGGACACUCCUUGGAAAUGGGACAUCAAGGAACAAGAGGCCUUCCAGGGGCUAAAGGACACUAUUACCAACGCACCCGUACUAUGCCAUGCAGACCCGUCCAAGCCAUACUACCUAGAAACCGACGCCUCAGGGGCAGCACUAGGCUCCAUACUCAGCCAACGCCAGGAAGACGGUCGCCUUCACCCACUAGGUUUUCUAUCUGAGUCAUUCAAGGGCGCCAAACAGAACUAUGACACCCACGACAAGGAGCUGUUAGCCAUCAUCCGUUCCUUUGAGUAUUGGCGUAUCUUCUUGGAAGGAACCGUUCACCCUGUCACUGUGUUCACUGAUCACCGCAACUUGGAGUAUUGGAAGGAGUCACGGACGUUUAACCGACGACACGCUAGAUGGCACCUACUGUUAGCAGGUUACAACUUCCAAAUUGUCUACCGCCCUGGGAAGCAGUCGGGAAAACCCGAUGCCCUUUCACGCCGCUCUGAUCACGCCGAUAUCCCACCCGCUGACCAAACCAUGCUCCCGGACCCCAUAUUCGCCAACGUAGCCUUAGUCAUACCAGAGAAGGAAUUACAACGCCAGAUUGAAUCGUCACUCAAUCAGGACAAGUCUUUGGAAGAAAUCUUACAGUUCCUACAAAAUGAGUCCAAAGCCCCACCUUCUAUCAAACGCGCAUUUAAGGACUACGAGAUGGAAGCAGGUCUAUUGUUCUAUCAAGGACGUAUUGUGGUCCCUGAUGUAGGCUCUCUAAGGACGGAUCUCCUGCGGAUAUUCCACGAUAGUCCCCUGGCAGGGCACCCUGGCAGGCAGCGUACCCUAGAACUAGUUUCACGCAACUACUAUUGGCCAGGCAUCCGAGCAGAUACAUAUUGGCACGUGGACUCCUGUGAGACUUGCCAACGGAUCCGAAAACCAAAGUACGCCUCCAUUCCCCCACAGCCACUCGAACUUCCAUCCAGGCCAUGGCAACAUGUUUCCUACGACAUGAUUGUAGAUUUACCUAAGGACGGGAGCAACGACUCCAUCCUGGUCAUAGUGGACAGCUUCACCAAGUAUGGCAUCUUUGUUAAGUGUUCCAAAAAACUCAAGGCACCCGAACUUGCGGAGUUGUUCCUGGAACAUGUAUGGAAACGCCAUGGGAUGCCGGAGAAGACUAUAUUGGACAGAGGCAGGGUUUUCAAUAACAAGUUCUUACGGGCCCUGUACAAACGCCUUGGCAUUGACCCACACUUCUCAUCGGCGUACCACCCCCAGAGCGACGGGCAAACGGAACGGGUCAACCCCUCUAUCGAACACUUCCUCAGGGCUUAUUCAGGGGUCAAUCAACGGGACUGGGCUAAAUGGCUCCCUAUGGCGGAGUUUGCAUACAACAAUGCCGUACACAGUAGCACGGGUAAAACCCCCUUCAAAGCAUUGUAUGGAUGGGAACCUACCUUAACCCCAUCCAACGUACCUACAGACGUCCCGGAAGCAAAUGACCUUGCCCAAACAAUGGAAACCCAAUGGAAGGAAGUGGAAUCCGCCCUCCGGCAAUCUAAGCAACAAAUGAUAGCCGGAGAAAAUGGGAGCCCAAUAGAAUUCGAAGUCGGAGAAGAGGCAUGGCUUGACGCCAGGAACGUGAACCUCAAAACCCUGAGCCCAAAGCUAACAGAGCAACGCUUAGGGCCGUUCAAGGUUACCAAAAAAAUCUCCGACCGCGCUUACCGGCUUGAACUACCUCCAACCAUGCGCAUCCACAACGUAUUCUACGUGGGGCUCCUGUCUAAGGUCAAAAGGGAUGAUAAACGCGCCUUCGAAAAUCGCCCUCCACCAGUCACCGUGGAUGGAGAAGAAGAAUACGAGGUCGAAGGGAUCACGGAUAUGGAAGAAAGGGACGGGAAAUGGUUCUUUAGGGUAAAAUGGAAGGGCUAUGGAUCAGAGGAGAACACUUGGGAACCAAGGGAAAACCUCAAGAACGCCGAAAAAAUCCUAAAAAAUUUUGAGAAAGAGAUGAAGAAGAAGGCCCUCGGCGCUGCCAAGGCCCUUAGAGGGGGGGCAGUGUCGUAG